UCUCUCUCUCUCUCUCUCUCAGUCCGACAGGUUGCAUUCUCAGCCGGUUUGCUGGUUGGAGGCGACUCAAAUAUUGGACCCUUACCCUCGGACACUACACUGAUCUACAAACACGUCCCCACCAACAUCGGAAAUGCCUACAACCCAAACACAGGUGUGUUCACUGCCCCGGUGAGAGGAGCGUACCACUUUCAGUGGUGGGUCGGUGCACGUGGCGGCAACAGCCACGCUUCAGGGGCUUGGUUGGUCAAGAACUCAGAGAAUGUUUUCAUGGCAUGGGAGCAACAGAAUCAACAUUUUGGGUGUGCUUCUAAUGGUGUCACGCUGUUGCUGGAGGUGGGAGACGUCGUGUUUGUGCGUCUGGUGGCUAACACUUUGGUGUAUGACAACGCACACCACCACAACACCUUCAGUGGGCAUCUGCUGUUCCCCAUGUAAAAUAGAAACAGGAGCUCUGUGAUGCAGGAU